UUGUGUUGAGGAGUCAGACGAUGUGAGUUGUGAGCUGUACAGUUCACCGCGUUACAUUGGGAAACCUCAGAAAUUUCCAUUUCAGAGGGGUGGGAACCUUGAAAAGAGAGCACAGGUUCCCCCUGAGCCGACUGACCACAUGCAGCUAGAGUCCACGCUGUCACCACAUCAUCACUGUCACACUGCCAGGAUCACCCAUCUCACCUGUACACUACUGCCAUCAUGGUCCGCUUGGUAUUGAUGUUUGCUGUAGUCGUCAUCGAAUACGUUUAUGGAAUACUACCUCCUCUGCCCAUGAAAGGUAAGCAUGAAGGCUGCUCCGUGGUGUCUCCAGAGGUGAAUAUAUUAAGAUUGGAGGGCGAGGCCAUAAUACUCUCUUUCUCAAUGUUUGAGAGAGUGCUUGAAGUACGCAAAAUCGCCCCCCCAACAGCAACGUUCCUCAUCACCAAGGACAAUGGGGCAGAGGGUGUGGCCUAUCAGGGUGAAGGGCGUGUACAGCAGCGUAACAAACAGUUGUGGAUCCUCCCAGCUCAGGCUUCAGACUCAGGGAAAUAUAUCUGCACGUACAGAAAUGAAACCUACUGUGUAACUGGGAGUAUCACGCUGCAAGUGUACGAGUCCAGUUCUGUUGACAUGGAGAAACUGAUCCAUCCAUACCAAGCCAUAGUGGGAGAGCGUCUGAAACUCCGGUGUCCAUCUCUGAAUGACUUCAACGACACAGACAGACUGGUAGAGUGGCACAAGGACUCCCCCCCUCAGCUAGGCAGAGCGGGCUCCUUCCGCCAAGACAGAGGUAGACUAAUAAUUCCUGCUGUGAAGCGAUCCCAUGCAGGUGUCUACACCUGCAAGCUCAGAGUGCUCAUCAGUGGCCAGCAGUACAAUGUCAGCCGAACCAUCCAGCUCAAUGUGGAAGGUCUAGAUCCUGUAACCACUACUACCACCACCACCAGUGUGCCUGACCUCUCCAUGACGUCUAACCCAGGGCUAAUCAGCAGCAGCAGCUACAGCACCGUUCACACUUCAGUGAUUCAACCACCUGUGAUUGUCUCGCCGCUGAAUGGAACCAUUUUUGAAAGUAUGCAUGGUUCGGGAGUGGAGCUGUUUUGCAAGGUGCUCACUGAAUGUCAAAUGACAGAUUCCACUCUGGUCACAUGGCUGGUCAAUGACCAAUCAGUGGAGUCCUCAUACCUUGACGGACGGGCUCUGCAAGGGGGAAGGAGGGUAACCAGGGUGUCUGAAGGCUGCCAGAUUGAGUUGAGGCUAGGUAUUGUAGCGAUAACAGAACAAGACGUGAAGACAGAGCUCAAGUGUGUCACUCAGAACCAAGGAGGUAGACAGGAAGUGGUGGCGCAGCUUCAACUAGAGGACUCCACAUUUACAUGGCUGGUGGUAGCUGCGGUGGCCGUGUCCUGCUUCCUGACUGUAGUUUCUGUAUUCCUCUAUGCCCUCUUCAAACCUAAAAAGAAAAUGGAUUACUUUCUGGCUCGGCAGAACAGCACCUUCUAACACACUCACUCCACAAACUAAGACCUUUAAUGUGUUUGCGGUUACAUCAAAUUAGUCUUUCAUGCAUUGUGUGCAUGCGAUGACAUGCAGUGGCACCACAAGUCGUAUUUGUUGUUCAACACUCCUUUUACAUGGAUUCAAUGUUUUAGAACCAGUAGCUGCAUUGUCACUUUUGAAUGAUAUUGGAUGUGUUUAUGUGGAAAAAUUACAUGCAUUUGGUUAUAUAGUUGCAGCCAUUGCAAACGUUUUCUUUUGUACAUCUAACUCAUAUUGGUGUGGCAGAAAUAUUCUGCCUAAAUGUAAUACAUCCAUGGAUUUGAGCUAGAACAAAAACGAUUAAAA